AUGAUCAGCCAUAAAUUUACAAUAAGUAAAUCACGAAAUUACCGGAAUUGCAUUGUCGCGUACACUAUUAACUAUGAUGGAGGGUCGGAUCUGAAGGUACACAACGACACAAUUCCAUUCAUAUGCUGUAUUGGAGCGACAUUCGAUACAAUGCUGUUCGGUUCACUCUAUCGAAACUUGUCACAAUAUUACGGCUUUGUUGUCACGCCACCACCUCUCGGCGUUUUAAACAUCAAAGAAAGAAGAGAAGAAGUCACAGUGCAAAAAAAUCGUGCAAGUAGCAUCAUCUGGUUUCAAAAGAUAUUACAGAAGACGAAUUACCUUAGGAUUGACGCGACUUUUACGUGGUCGGUAAUCAGAGACCAUCGGCUUACUGGCACGGUGAUUAGAUUGGGAAAGCACUACCUCGAAUCGGCUCGUAACCCAUCCAUUGCACAGUCCUUAUUACAGUCCAUCCAGUCAACCCAGUCAACAAGCCAAAGGAGCUCUCAACUCCACGUUGACAUAAUUCAUGCGACAACGAAGGCCCUUCAGUUGAUCGUUCCACGACAAGUGCUACGCCCUUGGUAUCGCUAUGCCAUACACGUUUCGGAGAAGACUCACAUUGUACCCUCUGCACUUACGUUAGGUAAGAAAUGUGUGAAGGAGCUGACGGCGGGACCUAUCUAUAUCGGCGGCUCCGCGACUAUCUACCGGGGUCAACUCGAUGGCAGAACUGUCGCCGUUAAACAGUUCAGAGUUUGUCGGGAAACCCAAUCCACCACCGUUCGACACUUCAUACGAGAAGCUCUGAUCAUGGAUAUAGUGCGACACCCACUCAUCUUACCCCUCACUUCAACUACGUAUCAACAUGGCUGCCCAAGCAUCCUGACGCCGUGGCAGACAAACGGAAGCGUGGUCGAAUUUCUGCUGAACACUCCAGACGCGAAUCGGGAACGUAUCGUUGCAGGCGUUGCGGAAGGUCUCGAAUUUCUCAAAUCCUCUGGCGUGAUUCACGGGGAUUUAAAAGGCCAGAAUAUUGUUAUAGACGACGGCGGCGCACCGCGCAUCGCCGAUUUCGGCUUGUCGUUUCUCGAUUGGGAAUCGUCGUCUUCAAUCGAGACUAGGAGCCAAAUUAUGGUCGGGACCUUCGCGUCAGGCAACAUCAGCGCGGUACUCGCGGCAGAGGCUGUACCUUCCGCCUAUACGCGUUCAGGUGCAGGCAGCCCUCGGUGGAUGGCUCCCGAAUUAUUGGUUCCUGAGGUGUAUAAUAAAACAACCGCACUUCCCACAUUUGAAAGCGAUAUGUUUUCCUUUGGGAUGCUAAUUUAUGAGAUCUACAGUGGUUUGGUACCAUUCCAAGAUCACACAAACAUUACGGCUGUUCUCCAAAUUUUGGAGGGACGGCGUCCACCACGGCCAAUUCAAAUCCCAGAUUGGAUGUGGUGCAUCACUAAAAAAUGCUGGGCGGACAACUCUCGACUCCGACCCUCCAUUGGCAACAUUCGAGCACAGUUGCAACCUGAAAACGUUCUAAUAGUGGACCAUCUGGGUCGUUUCAUAAGGAUUUGGAAUAAUUGGAGUAAGACGCAGGAACCAUUAGAAACAAAAAAGAACUAA